AAUUGUUACAGUGCACAUGUUUUUGUAUACCUUCAGACUAUCAAUUAUGAAAACAUUUUUUCUUCUCCUAUUCUUUCUUAUUACCUUUGCCUUAAAACCAGAAGGCAUUAAUGGAGUCGAGCAAGUAAUCGGCGCCAUAUUGGAUUGUGACACGCGGGUGGGCAAAGAAGAAAGAGUAGCCAUGGAUAUAGCCAUUCAAGAUUUCAAUAUGGAGCAAAAUCAAACAUUUAUUAAGUUGCGAUCGAAGUGUUCUCAACAAAAACCUUUACAGGCCGCUCUUGCAGCAAGACAUCUGAUCAGCAAGAACAAGGUGCAACUGAUUCUUGGACCAAGAUCAUGGGAGGAAACAUCCACUGUCGCUGAGGCUAGUGAACACUAUGAUGUUCCAAUUCUAUCAUUUGCUGACUCUAGUCCGCCGUGGGCACCCGAGCGUUGGCCUUUCCUCGUUCAAGCUGUGGCCAGCACAUAUACACAAAUGAAGGCAGUGGCUAAUAUAAUUCAAUCCUGGGGUUGGCACCGGGCUAAUGUAAUCUACGAGGACACAGAUUCUGCAGCAAAUGGAAUUAGUCCUUAUCUAUAUGGUGCUCUACAAGAAGUUGAUGUCCAAAUAAGCAAUCUUUUACCCCUCCCUUCUUUUGCUGAUUCCUCUUUGUUGCAAAAAAAACUUGAAGAGUUGAAAACUGAGCAAUAUAGAGUGUUUGUUGUGCAUACUUCUUUAGCACUUGCUACACGUAUUUUUGGAUUGGCUAAGGAAAUGAAGAUGAUGGAUAAGGGAUAUGUAUGGAUCACCACUGAUUCUAUUACAAGUUUGGUGCAUUCCAUGAAUUUUUCCUUAGUUUCCUCCAUGCAAGGUGUGGUAGGAGUGAGGGACUCUUUUCUAGAGACUGGACCUGAUUUUCGUAGUUUUUUCUCAAGAUUUCUUCAAAUAUUCGGCAGGAAGUACCCCGAGGAAAGGCAUCAUGAGCCUGGGAUUUUUGCGCUUCAGGCCUAUGAUGCCGUGCGGACAGUGGGAUUAGCAUGGAAUCAAGGCGAAGUCAACAGUGGCCGGCAACUUUUGGAAAGUAUUCUGAAAACAGAUUUCGACGGAUUAAGUGGGAAAAUCCAGUUCACACAGCAAAAAUUAGAGCCUGCGACUCGAUUUCAGAUAAUCAAUAUCAUUGGAAAGGGUUAUAGAGAACUGGGAUUUUGGACUGGCAAAGGAUUCUCCAGUAGUAUUGAUGAUGGAGUGUAUAAUUCUUCCAUGGAGAGUUUAGGGCAUGUUAUUUGGCCUGGAGAUCCAUGGUGUGCUCCAAGAGGAUGGGAUCUUCCAACAAUUGAAAAUCCUUUGAGAAUUGGAGUUCCCAAUGGAUCCUUGACAAACAAAUUUGUGGAAGUUGAUUAUGAUCCUUCUACAAAUCAGUACAAUUUUUCUGGAUUUUCUGUGGAUGUGUUCAAUGAAACUGCAAAGCAUUUGAAGUACUCUUUACAAUAUAAAUUCGUUCCUUUUGAAGGGAACUACACUGAUUUGGUAAAGAAAGUUCAAUCGAGGGAAUUUGAUGCAGCAGUUGGUGACAUUGCGAUAACUUCAAGUCGAUGUGAAUACGUAGACUUCACGUACCCUUAUACCGAGUCAGGACUGGUAAUGGUAGUGCCAAUACUAGUAUCACAUUCAAGCACAACUUGGCUGUUUGUGAAGCCAUUCACAAGAGACAUGUGGUUGCUCACAUUAUUCAUUAAUGUCUUUAAUGGAUUUGUCGUAUGGAGUAUUGAGCGAAGUUACUGCUCUGAAUUGAAAGGACCAGUUCUGAACCAAAUAGGCACUCUACUUUGGUUGGCUUUUGCCACACUGUUCUCAUUACACGCUGAAAAAUUACAUAGCAAUUUGUCACGUAUGGCAAUGGUGGUAUGGCUUUUUGUGGCUCUGAUCAUCACGCAAAGUUAUACAGCAAGCCUUACCAGCAUGCUCACAGUGCAAAAUCUUGUACCAAAAGUAGCAAAUAUUGAGACAAUAAAGAGCAAAAACGCGAUGAUUGGCUACUCGCAGAAAUCCUUUGUCGAGGGAUAUUUGGAGGGUCCUUUAGGCUUUAAAUCAAACAACAUCAGGAGUUUUGCAACAGAAGACGAGUACGCAAAGGCUCUCAGAAGUGGUGCAAUUGCAGCAGCCUUUCUUGAAGCUCCUGUGGCUAAACUUUUUGUUGCCAAAUAUUGCAAGAGCUUCACCAUUGCUGGUCCUGCUUACCAAGUUGGAGGAUAUGGAUUUGCAUUUCCAAAGGGAUCUCUUUUACUUCCUGAAAUAGACGAAGCAUUACUGAAUGUUCUUGAAAAUGGAGUGCUGAAAGAUUUGGAGGAGAGAUUAAUAAAAUCUGAGGAAUGUGUAGACAUUCAAUCUGACAACGAAACUGCAAGUCUUAGCCCUAACAACUUUUUCGUGCUGUUCAUAUUUACAGGAGGGACAUCAACAACAGCACUUUUAAUCUACUAUUUUCGGGCCACCGACAGAUUCAAGAAUUCCAUGGCUCAAUAUAAAAGGAUUUGGAUUAAGAUAGUGAUGGUUUUGAACAAGUUGGGAUAUCGCAGAAACCGACUAUCAACAGAAGUAAGUGAUGUUGCUGAUAAAAAUCCCUGGAUUGCUCCAAACAAUUUGCAUUCACGGUCACAAGUCUAGAUUAAUGAUGUUUACAUAUGAUUGAUGAAGAAAAUGAAUCAAGAUUAACGCGCACUUGCAGAUUAAAUCUAGUUAUCGGAUGGAAUUGACAUCCUCAGCAGAUCGCUUUAUGAUACGUAAAUUAGCUGUUCGUAUAAUUUGUUGUGGACUGUAAAUACUAAAUAUAUGUACAACAUAUUAAUGGUGUGUCGUUAAAAGAGGUCGAUCACUGAGAGCUUUAUGUUUGUUUGUGCUAAGGUGCCUUACAUAUGAAUACACCUUUCGACUUUGAAGUGUGAUUA